AUGUUCACUAAAGUGGAAACAAAGCUAGACCUAAAGUUAGAAUCAAAAGCCGAGUUUGUCCCCACACUGCCUCAAAAGCAACCAACAAGUUCACGUCUGCGGAAAAGCUCACAAGCUUAUCGCGAAACCCUCAAUAUUACAGAGGAAAAGCCACCAUGGAGAAAGUUAUUGUAUCUCAAACAACCAUACGCCGAUAAUUAUACUGAUACCUCAUUUUUAUCACAGUUGAAAAGAAACACUACGGUUGCCAAAUACUCAUACAGACAUUUGGUAAAUGAUUUCAUGUUGAUAGUUUUCUACAUAUCAUGCAUAUUGAUUGUGAUACUAGUAUUUGUUGGCAUUUAUGCUAACAAAUGGGAUCCUAUGAGUCCAACAAUGGCCAGCACUAUAAUUAUUCUACCGAGCUUUCUUGCUCUACGACUUUACAACGCUAGUGCUACUCACUCACUGUAUAUCAGCUUCAAUAUCAAAUCAUACCUUCUUAUCACAUUCAUGUUACUCAUUGCAUCGCCGAUUCUCAAAUCUUUGACCAAGUCAACAUCGUCAGACUCGAUAUGGGCCAUUUCGUCGAUGUUGUGCGUUGCAAACACAUUGUUUUACGAAUAUUCAGCAGUCCAAGUAUACAAGCCCAUCAUUUCAACAAAUAUUUCACUUAGCAAUGCCAUAGUGUUGGCAUCGCGAUUGAACACUACAAUGGAUGUUUUCUUGUUUAUUCUAUUUGCAAUACAAAUCAAUAUAUUGCUUCCUUUACUUGAUGCUUCUUUGCGAAGUAACAUGAAGUUGAGAAAUUUCCAUUAUUUUGUCAUGGGUACUACAUUUGUAGUGGUAAAUGUGUGCAUUUGGCAAUUGCUCAAUUACCAAUUUUUGAUCUAUUGGCUUUCCACCACAUUGAUCAUUUUGCUACUCAUGCCCGCAUAUUUCUUAUCUCUACAGCGUUAUAAAAAUGAGCUACAAGGUCCAUGGGAUAUCGCCAAGCCAAAGCUUAGUAAAAAUCAAUAA